AUGGCGUCGUUGUCUGCUUCUAGUUCCACCUCGCCUCUUCUCCCACCCCCUGAACCACCAGAUCUAGCUCCCGCUCCUGCUCUGUGGUCAUCAGAUCCUCCCCUCAAACCUCCGAAUCCGCCUGACCCUCCAGAUCCUGUGGCCUCUCCCUCCGUUCUCUUCCUCCCCUCGAACAUCGCUGCCAUCCCUCUUCCACAAGUGUGUUUUCAAAAUCUAGAUCUGGGUGAUUUCCUUCUAGAUCCGACUUCUGCCUUUAGUGCUGGUAUGGCUUCUCUGCCACGCGGAGCUGUGAAGCCCUCUCACCGUCUCACCAUCCCUCUCCAUCUAUGGAUGUUCCUGGAAGCUUCAGUCACGGCUCCUAUGUCCGAUGGUGGCUCUUCCGUUGUCACUCUCAUCACUCUUCACCUCUGGCUCUCCCAGGUUUGCUAUUCCUCGUCUCCUGCUUUCCCCUCAGUGGUUUGCUAUAGGAAUUUAGAGGAAUGUUUUGCUCUGGUUUUGUGGAUGCCGAGUGUACCUCCAGAUCUGAAGACCUCUGUUUCUCGGAUUCCCAACCUAUUGCCUAUUGAUGGCUCCUUUAACGCCUUUGUGCGUUUCAUUACUGCAGUAUGCAGAGUUGUUUCCGUCUUCUUCAUAACGGGUUAUACUUCAUGUUCUUUCUCUAUGUGGCAGAUUAGAAAGAAUUGCCUUGGUUGCAUCCCUCCAGUUAAUCUGGAUUUGGACUUUCAUAGUCCUCACCGCUCUGUUAAGGAGCUUAUUCUCCUCCCUAGUACUUCACUUGUUUUGAGUGUUAUUGUUGCAGGGAGCAUUGUGUUGAAGGCUGUUCUGUUUAGAGCAGUAAACAAGAGACUCUUGAUGUCUCAGUCAUUGGAGGCGUUUAUCCCUCCUCUUGGUUUUCUUGAUCAAGAUCACAUAUGGUUCUUUGGUCUGAAUUCUACCUCGGUUGAGCUUGCAUGCUCCCAUCUAUCUCUUUAUCUCUAUUUGAGUUAUUGUAUUGUACUUUGUUUAACCUUGAGCUCGACCAAUCUGUGGUUUGAUGCAUUGGUUUGUUUGGCUCCUAGUAGCCUUUUGUAUCUUCUCCUUUUGGAGAUUAACUCUUGA